UCUACGUCACUCCAGACCCGGAGGAGAGGCCUCGCCCCAUCAGGCUGCAACAAAACUUUAUAGCCCUUGUAAAUAUCCUCAGGCCUCCUUCAGCAUCACCAUGGAGCCAUCAGGAAACUCUACAAGCAACCACACGUCAAACUCAACCGGUGCAGAGGGUUCAUGGGAGAUCAGCGACAAGACUAAACUGUGCAGAUUCCUCUGCUACGGCUCUGAGGGUGACAUCUACACCGCCAGAGAGCAGGGCCGCGUCUCCAUGGACAACGCCGGAGCGCUGCUGACCUUGCUGCAGGAUGGGAGAGGUGCAGAGGUGGUGGAGGAGAUAAAGCACUUUGCCCUAGAAGGUCGCGCAGUCAGACCAGGUCCGGCCCUCUUUGCCCUGGCUUUGUGCUCCCAACAUUCUGAGCUGAAGACAAGGCAGGCGGCGUUCAAAGCCUUGAAGGAGAUCUGUAGGGACCCCGCCAACUUGUUUUCCUUCGUUCAGUACAAAAAGGAGCUGAAAGAAGGCAUGAAAUGUGGGAUCUGGGGGCGCGCCCUGAGGAAGGCCGUGUCCGACUGGUACAAUGAGCAAGACCCCCUGAGACUGGCUGCAGCUGUGACCCGAUGUAAACAAAGAGAGGGCUGGUCUCACCAGGACCUGCUCAGGCUCUCCCACACAAAACCAGCCACUGAUGCUGUUGCCUUGAUCAGCAAAUAUGUAACAAAGGGGUGGAAGGAGGUCCAGGAGGCUUACGCAGACAAGGAGAACUCGGAGGAGGUUGUCCAAGUGCUUUCCUAUCUGGAGGUGGUGGAAAAGGCCAAACACAGCUGUGAUGAGCUGGAGGUCAGCGGUUUAAUAGAGGAGCACAAGCUGGAGAGGGAGCAGCUGCUCACAGAUCAUCUGAGAUCAAAGCAGGUAUGGGGUGCUCUGCUAAAGGAAAUACCUCUGCAUUCGAUUUUAAAAAUCCUGGGAAAGAUGACAUCAAACAAACUCCUUGAACCAAGAAGCUCUGAGGUGCAAACAAUAUGCGACAGACUUCAGAACGAGGCCUCCCUGAAGAAGGCAAAGAUCCAUCCUUUCAGCAUCCUUUUGGCUUCAGAGAACUACAAAAGAGGCCAAGGCUAUCAGGGAAAAACCAAAUGGGAAGCAGACGUUAGCAUCCUCAAAGCUAUGGACUGUGCUUUUUACAAAAGUUUUAUGAAUGUGGAGCCUGUUGGGAAACACUUCGUCGUGGCGGUAGAUGUGAGCACGUCGCUGACCAGCAUCGUCCCGGGAACAGCAAUCAGCACCGCUGUAGCAGCCGCAGCUGUAACCAUGAUCUUUUCUCAGACAGAAGAAAACACGGACGUCCUUGCCUUCUCUGAGGGAGCCGUGGUUCCAUGCUCUCUUUCUGCAGACAUGACGCUUGCAGAUGUCACUGCAGAACUGGUUAAGUUCCCUAGUGGCAGCACGGACUGCACUCUUCCCAUUACAUGGGCCACAGAAAAUGGGAAGUCCAUCGAUAUGUUCAUCAUUCUAACCAACAACCCACUGUGGACUUUUGCAGCUAGCCCAGUGGAUUCUUUGAAGAAGUACAGACUUGCAUCAGGCACUGCGUCCAGGUUGGUGAUGUGCGGCCUGACGUCCAUCGGACACGCCAUCGCGGACACGGAAGACAGUGGUCUGAUCAGCAUUUGCGGCUUCGAUAGCGGUGCUUUUGAUGUCAUCCGUAACCUCGCCCUUGGUCUGAUCUGACAGGAUCAGGUGAAGAAGUAACAGGGACCAUUUAAUUCACGUUACAAAAAAGACGACAUAACGUGGACCCAAGAGGCUCACACAUGGAACGAUCUGGGGCAACUAAUCCAAAACAUGCCGACAAUUCCAGAUUCUCCUUUUCUUUGUAUUAUGUUACCUAAAAACCGUCUAACAAAGGGUCCAGCUGGCUGGACGCUCUCUGAUGUUACAUGCACGUAUUUUCUGUGAAAUUUGAAAGGCAAAUGCUAAUCCAGGCUAAGCUAUCAAAAAUGAGUGCAUAGCAGGCUGUUGAUGGUUCUCAGUAAGACACUAAAAUCUGUCCUUUACAGGAAGAAGACGGCAGAUAGAAGCUGAAUCAGAAUAUUAGCUCUUUAUGCACCUGUAGGUUAACCGUGAGGUGGUUUCCUGUUCAGUCUGCAUCUUUUACAGCACGUUUGAAGUAAAGUAAAGCUGGAGGUGGUACCCUUAAUGAAGAUGAGUGGAAGCACCAAAGCUCCACCGCAAAACCUUCUGUUCAUUUUCUUACACCUGUUUUAUGUUAAUACUAACAUUGGAUUCAUUCUAAAUUAAUUUUGUUUUGAUCUUUUACUAUUUAGCCCUAGAUGAGUUUUAUUAUGUCAGAGUAAUAUCUCUCGCUCCCUUUGAACAUGAUAUCAGUCAUCAAAAGUAACUGCAAUAGUAAAUUCGAGGUUUUAUCAUUUAGUGAAAGCUGAUCCGAUGAUUACCGUAUUUCCUGGACUAUAAGCUGCUACUUUUUUUCCCUCACGAUUUGAACCAUGUGGCUUAUAAGAAGGUGCGGCUUCUCAGUGGAUUUUUCCUAACUGCCAGAAGGGGAAGUCAAAGUUGGAAAUGAAAUAAUAAGGGGCUAAUUUUCAUUUAGCACAACAUGCUAGCAGCAGGCACAGAGGAGAACAAAUAGGGCUUGGGAGUCAUGACGUAAUUACUUUGCGUGGCCGCCAUGUUGAUGGCCUCCUUUACCGCUGCUCAGACUAUUGCCUAUGACUACCACGUACUGUACUCCCUCUCAGCCGUGUUUUAAUUUGAUUAAUUUCACCUUAACUUGAUUUCAACCAUGGUAAACCGUUGCUGUAUUGUGGGCUGUAACAGCGCAACAUAUGAUCGCCAUGGGAACAACAUAGAAAAUGGGUUAACUUUCCACCGCUUUCCUGCCUGGAGGCGCAACCAUGGAGACCAAGUGUCAGAGAUAAAGAGUCGUCGGCUAGCUUGGAUCGCGGCUGUAAGACGACCGAACAUAACUUUCCGCAGUAUCCCGAUGUCAAUGAGAGUGUGUUCCCUGCAUUUUCAUUCUGGUAAGUCAAAGAUGCACGGUUUUAUUUUAUAGCCUACAUUGUUUCUUUCCUUCAAAGUUGGGUCCUUUUAUGGGAAAAUAGUAAAAACCGCAGCGGGAAAAGGCUCAAAUACGUGAGAAACUCGGAGGGUUUGGGGAGGGUUGGCAGUUAACGCUACUAACUACACCUUUGAAACACAUAGCAGCUAGCAGCGAGUGGUUGUUAGCACUAGCGGUUAGCAGUUACUAAACUAGCAGAUUCCAGAGCCCGUCUGAUCACAGCUUACCUUCGUAUGGAUUACUGUGUUCCCACUGUUUGCUGGCUUUAUGAUCUGCAGCUCCUGAACCCAUCCAUUCAUGAACUGCAUAUGAGACUCCAAGGACGUGUAGCUUCGGAACUGUUUUGAAGUAUAGGCACUCACUCAUCGGUGCUCCACUCAUUGUUUGGAACUUCAUAUGGAUCCAAAUUAUUAAUAAUGCUGAUUUUGUCAACAUACCGGUCCGUGGCUUCUCUAUUUAAUAUGUCCCGGUAAAUUCAAGAUCCUUUUUGGGAUUUUAACAUCUGUUUUCUCUCCACUUCUACAUCUCUUCUUUCAACUACAACAUUGUAUCAGAGCUAUGUUUGCGUUCGCGUAGCCCUCAAUAUGGCCACCACGUCACACAAUGCAACGCGGAUCCCAAGCCCUAUGUCCUGAAAUCACACAUUUUGAGUUUGCCGCAUUAAAGCUGCCAAACCAAUGAAGAGAUGGGCUCAACUCCUUCAGUGCUGAAAUAAAGAGCUGACAAAGCCCCAUCUUUACUGCUGCGAG